AGUCCAAACCAAGAAUCCGAGAUAAUAGGCACUCGUCUCAAAAAACAAAAAACAAAACCAAUUCUAAAAGUAUAUGGUCUUCUUUAUAGGAACGUUCAGUACAGCAAGAUGGCAAUUCUCAAAUUGUCAUUCUUCUCCAAACAGCCGGAGGCAAAACCAUGGAGCUUCCCCGACGAACCACAGGUUGAUAUAAAUGAAUUUUUGUACAAAAAAGAACUGGGACUAAAUAGGACAAUUCUCGUCAAACAUGGUUCCGUGACACUUACGAACAACGUUGUUACUAUUGCACUUAGGUGCCCUCAAAGAUAUUCAAAUUUUGUGUCUAGUAAAUUACCCUAUUUGCUCAAGGAAUCUUUGAUAGAUCUGAAAAAUCAUGACAAGAUCUUUUCCUCGCACUGGAUAUCGAAAAAUGAAAUCGUGGUGGGAACAAAAUGCAACAAGCUUUUGAUACUCAACAUAGAAACGAAUAAAAGAUUUGAAAUUCCGCUGGUCACAGGGGAUGCAAAUAACCAAACGCAAGAAAAUAAUAAUAAUUGUUCCGGCAUUCGAAAUAUCGCG